CCUUCCUUCGCUUCCUCCUCUUCUCUCCUCUUCCCGCUCCGCUUCCAUUCCACGCCCAGCCGCACGCACGCUUCUCGAACCUUCUGGAAUUUUCGCCGGCUGGAGUACUGGAGCGAUGGAUCCCCGCCACAGCAGCGUCACCCCCGGCAACGACAGCGGCAGCGGCAGGCGCGGCAGAGGGAGCGGGAGCGGCAGCGGCAGCGGAAGACGGAGCAGAGGCAGCGAUAGAAGUGGAGAUGGGUCGGAGGACUCCUCCAGCAGGACGCGGCGGAGCCGCUUGUCGGCUCAGUCGACGGGCACCCGCCUCAUGCCGGCGUUCGAUGAUGCUGCAGGGGACGGCGACGGGAGGAUCCUCGGGUCGUCGUCGUCGUCGCCGUCAGGAGGGUUGGACCUCGGUCUCGAGGAAUUCCGCCGCGUCCAACACGAGGCCUCUCGGAAUCCGAAUCUGCAGCGCCUCCUCUUCCACAGCUCCCCCGUGAGGCAGCCCACGCAGGACGACGAGGUGAUCGUCAUGGACGGCGUGCUCGUCGAUACCACCUCUGGUUCUGGUGCCAGCGGCCGCUACGGCCUCAAUCGCCAGUUUUUCGAUGGGAAGGGCGACCCUCGUGUGGUGCGACCCAUCAAACGAACAUCUUAUGAGAUGGAGCCGCAGAUCAGACGACCAGCGCAGGGCCCCGGAUUCUACAUGCAGCGGCCCCCGACGCCGCCGCCGACACCGAGAGGAUUUCCGCCACCACUGCCAUCCCCAGGAGCCGGUGCACCGCGAGGCGGCAGCGCCACCCCCGCCAUGAUCCCAGGUCAUCCGGGAGCCUUUUAUCCCUUCCCGCCGCCGUCACUUCCAGGAGUCGGUCCACCUCGAGGCGGCGGCGCGAUCCCAGGUCUUCCGGCAGGCUUUCCUUUCCUCCUCCGGCCGCCGCCGCCACUUCCAGUUCCAGGAGUCAUUUGUCGACCUCCUCCAAGCCCUCCUUACUUCGCGCCGCCGCCGAGAGCCACCCCGACCGUCUCCUUAGCCGGACCGCCGCCCGGUUUCAACCCGAAGAGGGGACUCAUCGGGAGAGGCGAAGCCAUCACCCUCCCAGAGUCAGAGCGACCAACGCCACCGCCGCCGCCGCCGCCGCUGCCACCAACACCAGUGGCACAGCACAAGCGGACGGAGUUCUCGUGGCCGCCGAAGACCACCGCCCCCGCCGUCACCCUCCUGACGAGAGCGCCGCCUCUGUCCUCUGCACCGAAGCAGCAUCCCGAAUCAGAGGCACCGCCGCUGGCGCCGUCGUCUGCUCCGAGCCCCCGGGAGGAGUUCGCGUGGCCGCUGACCGACGAGGAGGACGAGUUGAUCAUCAACGUGCUCUACGGUCCGACCAACCGCCGGAGGCUGCCCGUGUUCAGGAGAAUCUGCCCCGACUGAACAAGACCAAACCCCCCCGUGGACUACUCUGCUCUGUAUAUACAGAGACUCGGCUGGUCAGAGAUACAGAGACUCGGCUGGUUAAAAGUAAGCACACCUGCAUUGGUUCAUUUGGCUGUCAUUUGGUUAAAAGUAGGUCAGUAGCAGCAACAGUUUUGAUCCAGAACACAGGCCUGACGGCGGCAACUGCAACUCUGCCUGAACAUUUUUUAUUUCCGUCGAUUCUAACAGGACGGAUCACACUACUGUAUAUAGUACAGUGGAAAUAUGUACAUCAGAUUCACAGGAUACAAAUAUUCAGUUCAAUCCAUACAUCAUAGAACAGAGGCUAGUUAAUUAACACUGGCAGAAUUUCUUCGAGGAAAAAAAAACAGUGGGCG